GAGUCAUCUCAGGAAAAUAUUUCGAAUGAAAAACCUGCUGAAUCUUUGGUUUUGCGUUGGCUUCCUCAUCUGGCUGCUGCAGGACUCGGAGCUUCACUUCAGUUUGCCUUGAACUCACCGCGGUGGGUUUCAUUUGUCCUAAAGUUGGUUCACUCAGGUCCUCCAUCAUGCUCCACCAUUGUUUCCUCAUGAUCGGAGCCCUGCUCUCAUUGGCCAUACCCCUGCUAGUCGCCAUGGAGAGCUGCCCAGCUACAGGGAUACCAGGAAUGCCAGGUAUUCCAGGGAUGCCUGGCAAAGACGGUCGUGAUGGAGACAGAGGAGAGAAAGGAGAACCAGGACCAGCGUGGCAAGGUGUCGGCCUACAGAAGGGAGAGCCGGGUUUGAUGGGUAUGAUGGGAUUCCCCGGUAAACGUGGUCAGAGCGGGGAUCCAGGGGAAUCAGGGUUCCCAGGGAUGGCUGGACCUCCAGGAGAACCAGGAGAUCCAGGGACUGUUGGCGCCCAGCAGCACGCCGCCUUCAGUGUGGCCAGAGGAACUAACGAAUACCCGGACAAAGCCAGCGUCAUUCGGUUCACCCAGGUCAUCACCAACAUCAACGAUGACUACGACACCACGACGGGACACUUCAGGUGUCGGAUCCCAGGAACGUACUACUUUGUGUUCCACGCCUCUUUAGAGGACCGACUGUGUGUGCUGAUGAAGCUGGACCACACACUGCUGACCGCGUUCUGCGAUCAUCGCCGCAACAGGAGACAAGUGACUGCAGGUGGUCUGGCGGUCUACCUGUCGAAGGAUCAGGAAGUUUGGCUGGAGACUAAAGACUACAGAGGGAUGAGAGGACAACAGGCCGGGUACAGCAUCUUCUCCGGCUUCCUGCUGCACCCUCACUGACACACAGGAUGGGAAGCACAAAACAGAAAUUUUCCUUACUUCUACUAAGUUUUUGUAGUUUUACAGCAACACUCUGAGGCUGAAACUACUGUCAAAAUAAUGUCUUCCCUUCCCUCAAACUGACCCUUUAACCUUUUGAAAAGUACACACUGGUUACUUUUCUUUCUUUCUUCCUUUAUUCAACCAGGUAAUGUCUUGUUGUGAUAAAAAAAAAAAAAGACUUGGCCAACAAGGAAGCAUAAAAACAUUGUUACAAUGAGGAAUACAAACAAUUUAUACAAAUGCUACAAAAGGGUAAAGUCAUCUGUUAAAGAUGAGUAAACAGGUAUGUGUAAACUCUGAAAUGAAGUGACAACAAUAAAUUCAAAAGUACACAAAACACAUUGACCAAGAGUGUUAUUUUCCAUGUACUUUGAUAUGUGUGACACUUGAAUUGACAGAAAGUAUUCCACUCUGAUGCCUUCAUCUCCUUAUGUACGCUGAUGCUUGAAAGGUAAAAAAGAUUAUUAUUGUAACUACAAUAAGGAGAUGUAUCUUACUAAAAAGUGAAAUCAGGAAAAGCCAAUGACAGGCAGCUCUCCUAAAAUGUUUUCCCAUAAAAUGCAGUUUUUAUAGUCUUCUUGAGGACAAAGAACUUUCUUCUGAUUUGCUAUCUUUUCAAAGUUCCCCAACAUUUGACCAAUUGACAAGGAGCCACAAGGUAUGCAUCCAACCAUUCACAUGCACAGGACACGUGAAUGUGAUUGGGACUUCAGCUAUGUCACCACUGCUCAUGUUUUUAAUCGACCAACCACGAUGGUACCAGAGUAUUAAGAUAAUGUCACAAAUUGUGAAAGCUGUGAUUUUGUUGUGACAGAAUUUGUCGCUGGUCAGAUUCAAUGACACUUGAGGAUCAACUAAACAAAAAAAAGACCAAAGUGUCGACCAAACAUUGAGAUGUUCCUUAGACAUUUCUGCAUAAUCUCUAUCUUGAACUAAAUGGUGACCAGACAAAAGUGCUUUACUCUCAAGAGUCCAUAACUCCAGCUCCCUGUCAUUCAUACACUUAGUGGAACAGAAACUGAAUUUGUACAAUCUUAAACAACAUGUGGAGCAACAACACAGGAAAUGAAAAUAAAACUGGAGUCUUAUAUCUGAAUAAUGCACAUUUCAGAAAAGUGUCACACCGUGGUGAGGCUGGUCUCAUCUUGGAGUUUUCUGUCUUGUCAUUUCCUGUUUUAUUUUGAAGGUCUCACUCUCCUCUCGUUUCAGAGCCGUUGCCCUUCCUCAUGUGUCACCUGUGUGUCCGCCCUGAUCACCUGUUGUCUCCACCUGUUCCUGAUUACCCUGUGUUUAAAUAGUCUGCGUCUCCCUUGUCUUGUGCCAGUGUGUCUUUGUCUGUAUGUCGAUUCACUCGAGCCUGUCUUUGUCCCUUGCCCACAGCCACAGCGUUAUUGUUCUAGUAAGCCUUUGUUCCUCUUCGUGAGUGUUUUUUGUUUGUAAAUUAAAUAAUCUAGUUUAGUUUUCUUUAUCUUGUUAAUAGCAUAGAGUGAUUUUUUGUUGUUAACCUUUGUGAUUUAGUGAUUAGUUUCCUCCAUCUUUUAGGAGUGUAUUUUAUUUUACAUUUUCUUGUGAGGUUCUUUGUUGAGUUUUGCCUUUUGUGUUCUUCCUCCCUUGGUUUACCCAUUUUUGGUUUACCAGGUUUUGUAGCCACCGUUGUUUAUUUGUGAUCCUCCUUCCAGAGUGUUUUUGUUACCUUGUGCUUUUCUUUGAUUUAUUGUGAUUGAUAUUGUUCUCUUGUUUAUUGAUCCCAUGAUAAGUUUCAUAGCCUUUUGUUUUGCACUCAGCGAAGAGGUCUCUGGAUUGCGUGUAAAUAAACCUGUGUUGUUUGA